AUGGAGGACGAUGCGGUUCCUACGAUUGAGGAACUCAAAAAGCUUAAAGUUGUGGAUUUAAAGGCACGGCUAGCAUCCCUUGGACUUCAAACAUCAGGUAGUUUUGAUUAGUAUUUAUUCCACCUAUUUUAAAUGAACUUCUCAGAUAUAUGACACUUUGUUUGGAAGCAAAAGUGUUCAUUUUGUCUGUUUUCCACGUGCACUUUACCGUUUACGCUGUAUCGUUUAAGGUUAAUAGUUUUACACUUGUUUUGUUUUAUAGGUCUUAAGGCGGAACUAGUGGCGAGACUUCAUAGUUACUUCUUGUCGGUAGGUUGUGACUACAAAAGUGCAAUGUCUGCAGAAUUUAAUAAAAUAAGGCCGCCCCACUCAUGUGCUGAAACUCGUUUGAUAAAAUUCGACUUAAAACAGCAACGUAUUCAAUCAGCAUACUUAGCUCUCACUUCAGUUAGUCUAAAUUAAGUAAAAAGCUUCAAAUCUGUGGAUUAGAUUACAUGACAGAACAUUACCUACUGUGUAUCAAACUAAAAGUGAACAACCAUGCCAGACUGAUUAACAAGCAACUCUACCUUAACUACAGAAUACAGGGCAAAUUUGUUAGGUAUAUUCUUUGGGGUGGCUCAGCAUCAGUGAUGAGCUACUGAGCCGUCAAGCCGCUAAACCAACUGAGCCACUGAAACAUAAUUGUAUCUAACCUUUGCUGAAGGCCAUUGAUCCACUGAGCCACUAAAAUAUAUACUGUUACUUGUUCUUUAAAUUUCAUACUCUGAUAUCUUUUUUAUGUCUGUCUUAUACUUAUACGUCGUAUAUUUUUCUCAUUCUUUGAACACUUGUCAUGGCUAGCAAGCCACCCAGCUACUUCUUUUUAAGACUUUAAAAUUUGGCCAGAUAUUCUGUAGUUGCACCGCAACUCUUUGCCCCUAGGUCAAACCAAGUUCAUCAGUUAGGUUUGGAGCAUGACCGGGUACAGUUGACUUGUUAGAAUGGUGUGAAUGAUGAGUAAAAAUAUUGAGAUUCUCUCUGCAGUAUCCAUGAAUAUCUACAUGAGAUUUCUGACACACCAGCACUAUUGAUUAUUCUACCAAAAAAUAUUGGUACAUGGCUACUUUUGUUUAUUUUCUCUGUAAUUGUUGCUUGCAUUUUUUUUUUGUAGCUCCAAAAAACCCAGCAGUUAGUUCAAGUUGAAGAAAGUACAGAUCAUAGAGGUUUGUUUUCUAAAAUGCUGUGGUAUCUACAAUGUUGUAUAAUUUUUUGAAAUAACAUCUCAUGCGGUACUUUUAUCACUGAAGUGGUUAAUUUAUUGUAAUGUUAAAUUGGUACUAAUAUCUAAAAAAUCUAAAGCACUUGCUUUGCAUUGAACAGUUGGUGAAUGUAGAACUCUAGGCCAACAGCUUAUUGUCUACAGUGAUGUUUGGAUUUCAAUCAUGUAUCUUUUGUGAGAAAAGGUGUUGAGCACAUAUGCUUUAAUCACUGCUAGCAUGUUUUUUUAAGAUUUGAAUUUUGAGAUUUCUUUAAAUUGUUAUUUUAUUAUUAAUGAUACAUUAUUUUAUUAGAGUUUGUUCAGAAGACACUAGUUUUUUCCUUUUGUAUCAGAACCUGGGUAUCCAUCUCAACCUGAGCCUAGCUCCACACAAUCAGCAUCCGUCAGUGAUGAAAAAGAACAAGUUAAACCUCAGACAAUUCCAGCAACAGAAACCCCUGCUCCAUUUUAUCAGUUGGAACAACAUUAUCCUGUGGUAGUCAUGAAAACAGAGGAUGCACCACUUACAGCUCAUGUACCAGUACUAAUACCCGAAGAAAAACCUGCUAUACAACAAACUGCCACAGGUAGUGAAAUGCCUGUUUUGCGUGAAGAGCCUGGUUAUCAACCGCAACGUGCAGAUGUGGAUGUUGCAGAUCAGCAAGUUGAAGUUCAUAAUGUUGAUGAAGGUGAUCAAGCACAGAACAUUGUAUAUUCUCAGGAGGAAAGGGACAAUGAAGAUUUACCCGAACCAGGAGAUGCAAGUGAACAAAUGCAUGAGCCAACUCAAGAGGACAUUUCUGAGACUCCUGUCACUGAGCAGCAAGUAAUUGCCCCUGAGUUAAAGGACAAUCUCCCAGCACAAGUUUCCUGGACACAGGAGACUACACCAGUGGGUGUGCAAGAAACUGAUGAAUUUUACAUUUCAGAGGAACAAGACAUUCCACAAGCAAACAGUGCUUAUGCUGGGGAAUAUCGUGAAGAAUCCCAUGAUGGUGAUAUUCUGGUGUCUUCAGAAACCCGUGAGCCAUGGGUUAUGGUUGAUUAUCCUCCAGCAGAAGAAGUAAAGGAAAACCGUUUUCUGCCUCAGGACAAUUUGUCUGCUCCUGAACAUGUGCAAAUGGAAACAACAAAUGAUCAACUUAUGCAGGAAAUACAACAACCACAAAUGCCGGAAGAAGCUGAACGCGAGUACCAUAAUGACGUUGAAGGUGUAGAAAAUGAAGAGGUUGAUGAAACACCAGUUGUUGAGGUACAUUGUACAUGCAUGAAUUUGUAAUCAAACUUUGUUUUCACUUCUUACGGGAAUGCAAGUUGAAGGUAGUGUUUCCCAAUAUAUCACGCCAAUUGCUUCCAAAAAACACAAAGUCACUAAUAGUUUUGUUGUUGUAUUGUAAAUAAUUAUUGGUAGUAAAUUAUUGUUAUUGGGUCUAGUUUUUUUGUUGACAUCUUAAAGUGUCUUUCCUUUUGUUUAAUGAUUAAUUUGAUUAAUCUGUUUUUCAUUUUAGAGCAAAGAAAAAAAGAAAAGGAAGAAGAAGAAGAAGAGAAGGAAGAGGAUAGAGGUGAGAGGAAAUGGAAGGAUCUUAAACCCUAAUGUGUACUGUAUUAUGUUUUAAAAGUUCAUAAAAAGGCUUCAUACGUCCUUAUUUUUUACAACCAGUCAUUAAAUAGGAUCCAGAAUCUGUUUCUUUGUUUUAAUCAUGUUACUGUCCUGCAUUUUAACAUUUUAGACUAAUUAACUGAAUUUUAACUCCUGCAGGUUCUUUUUUCCAUUUAACUUUUUGUUACAGAAUAAUCUUUAAGGUUCAUUUAACAUGAACACAGUAUAAAUGCCACAGUUUACAACGUACCUGUCAUCUUGGCAAGUUCUAGACAUCUUGGGUAACUGUGCUUGAUGGCUUUACCCACAUUGUAAUUUACUGUAGUUUUUUCUUGCCUGUAGUUUGUUCAAGAACAGCCACAUGAUGUUGAGGAAACUGAUGAUGUUGAGGUGGAAUAUGUGACUGAAUCCCUUAGUCCACAUGAUCCUAACUACAGAGCUUUUGCUAAGAUAUUUGAGGCAUUCAAGGUAACGAAUUUCAUAAACUCCUUAGUUUUCUCCUUGUGAUUUUAUUCUGGUAAUAUAGUAAUAAAAUUUAGUGGCAUUUUCUGGUUAGGACAACCUACUUCACACCGUAGAUUUCUCACAAACUGUGCAUGUAAUCUGCCUUUGCAAGUUACUUUGAUUUAAAAAGCAAUGGUUUCUUAACUUUCAAUUUCCAGCCAGUUUUUUAGCUCCGAUGGUGUUCGCAAUUUGUUACCAGACUGGACCAUAAUACAAUUUUAACUGGUUAUUUUGUGUUGAUUCUCUAUACCACAGUUAACUGACCCUGUCAAAGAAGAUGCAACACAGAAAAAGGCUGACCAAAAAGAAGAAACUGUGAGUAAAAUUUUUUUUCUUGUUGGCCUGCUUCAAGUGAAUCAACCACUUCCAAAUCAAUGUCUAACUACAAAGACUCAAGAGUCUAUGGUCCCUUUGAAAGGAUUAAUCAAUUAGCACUGAAUCAAAUCAUCUUUCAUGGAAAGCACAAUCAAAUCCAUCCAAAGCCCCUUGCAUGGCACAAGGUGGAUAGGGGCAGUUGGAGAAUCAGUGGGAAGAUAGGUGCAUAAAAACUGAUAUGAGUAGUCCAUGUUGAAUAAAACUUUUAUGAGUGUUGUGAAGUUACUGCCCUGCUUAGCUUUGUGCAGGAAAUUCACAGUCACACAAAAAGAAAAGAAACUAAUGACUGUACAGCAACAUAGAAAAUAUUACAGGGCAAAAUUAAAUUCAGAGGUUGAUUGUCAAUCUCCUUUGUCUCUAAUUCAUGAAUAAGGGCUAGGAGACCAAGGAAACUGAGAAUCAACCCAGGUUAAAAAUUUUUGACCUGAAUUUAACUUUGACCUGUAACAUACUGUUUAUGUAUUUGUAAAGAUAGAAAACCAACUAAGCAAAACUGAGGUAGAAACUGUUAAGGAUAGAGUUUUAUUCUUUAUGUAUUCCUUCACAUAUUCACAGUUGAGGGUAUCUGUUACAGGUCGCAGCAAAGAAAACUGAAGCAAAAGAUCAUAGUAUGGAUAAAGAUGAUGAUGAUGAUGAUGAUGACGAUGAUGAAGAUAUGGUGGUAAGACAAACAUGUAUCUGAUAUUUCAAUCAAUUCUUUACAUGUAUUUUUCACAAAUGUCUUUUUACGGAUUUAUCAGUUUCUUGACAGAUAUUAUUAAUUUUAUCAUGGUUAUUGUGCAUAAAAGGUUUCAUUUUAUCAUUUGUCUCUGUCAUUUGUGUAUAGAGGGUUUCGAUUAUCAUUUGAGAUGUUGAGGUGCUUUUGUUUUUUGGUCUUGGCAGAAAAAAUCUGAAGAUGAUCAACCUAAGCUCUCCAAGAAGAAACUAAGAAAAAUGAACAGGCUUAGUGUGGCUGAACUAAAACAGGUUUGUGUUGUUUUGUUUGGAAAGCUUUAUGUUGUAAAAGCAUUGUUUGAUUGUGAUUUUAUCGAGACAGAGGAAUGAUCCAUGAUUGGAUUAGUGGCUGCAUAUAUGACAGCGCAACAUCCUUUUUUGCUUCUAUUUCUUUCAUUCAUGUGCUUAUGAAUAUUUUAUUAUAAAUGCUACUGUUAUUUUGUUUAGUUGGUUCCAAGACCCGAUGUGGUGGAAAUGCAUGAUGUAACUGCUCAGGAUCCUAAAUUCCUUGUAUUUUUAAAGGUAACACAGCUAAGAUGUUUUUAUUGAUAUGAAGGUAGACAGUUCAUGUUUAAUCUCUGUAAUAAAAAUAGACAGUCUGCACCAAGGUCUCCACUAUAUAUAAAUUCUUUCUCUAGUUUUCUCUUAGAAAAGGGUUGAUUGAUUACUUGUAAGGUUAAGGCAGUCAAGAGUGAGUCAACAGGUGGCCCACCAAUCUUAAAUUCUACAACAAGACUCUGACUCCUAGGCUGUAGAUGAGUGUUACUACUUCUCAUGUGUUGAUUUUAGUUCUACUGUUUUCUUCUUGAGUGUGUAUUGUCCUUACAUUUGCUUAGUUGCUUUUGUUGAAGCCUACAAUUUAUGUUUUCUUCAAAGGGGAUUUCUUUAAAUUGCCUUUACUAUUUGCCUUUGACUGCUCCCACACUUUGAGAUUCACUUUGCAUUUGUUGUUAAGUGAAAGCAUUAUCUGUGGGAAGAGCACAUUAAACUGACACAACUCAUUCCUAGGAGAACAGAAUACUCACUGAGCUUGUAGAUUACAGUGUCAGCACAUUUCCCUUAAUUGUUCACACUUUGUUUGCAGGCUACAUGUAGAUAUUUUUUUGAUGACUGUUACAUUCUCUCUUAUUGCCUUCAUUUCAGUCAUGUCGUAACACCGUCCCAGUCCCCAGACAUUGGUGCUUCAAAAGAAAAUACCUUCAGGUACUGCACUUUAUUUUCUUACCUUAAGAUACUUUUUGAAUAAUACCUUUUCUUAACAAGUGCUUAUAGAGUUUGAACAUGGCCUGUGCCUACAAUAAACUUUUUGGUAAGAUACUCAUUGGUAAGUUUCUUUGUUCAAAAACCAUCCUCCGAGACCCAGGGGCAGAUGAAGGGGGCGAGGGAAAGUCUAAACGGGCGGAAAAAUAUAUAUGGAACGAAGAAAAGUAAAGAACGGCGAGAAGAGCCCCUGGGGACAAUGUCUUACCAGACCAGUUCCAAAGGGUCGCCAGGGGCUCUUCUCGCCGUUCUUUACUUUUCUUCGUGUCACAUUUUUCCGCCCGUUUAGACUUUCCCUCGCCCCCACUAUCUGCCCCUGGGUCUCUGAGGAUGUUCAAAAACCAGCAUGGUAGUUUUGAACACGUAGACCUGUUAAGGAAAAUUCAUUUUGCCGUGGUUCUCCGUCUACACUUUUAACAAGGAAAAUUCUUGACAAGGAAAACUGUUUAUUGUUAGAAAAUAAAUGAGCAAUGUAUUGGCUGCGUACAUUUAGCUUUCAAUACAAAUGUAAAUUAACGUUUGCAGAAGAAAUUUUCAUUAGACUGGCCAAUACCAGAUGCACGUCUUACUUUCUGUACAAUCAAUUAUCAUUUGUUUGUUCAGUUCCUUGCAUCUGAAAACUAAACAUUUGCAUGUAUCUCUACUUGCAGAAUAAAUAUGCUCAGUUAUUCCUGCAACUUACAAUACCUGCACAUGUAUUUCAGUAAGCUCAGACCUACCUGGAUAUGAUCAAAUCCCCUCAACUGAAAUAGUAAUUUUUCUAGUCAAAGUUGACCUUGUUAUUGGAGAUGUUAUUAUUCUUAUGCCUUACAUGUUGUCAUUUUUCACCAUCUUUAAGGGUAAAAGAGGUAUUGUGAAGCCACCAUUUGAACUGCCUGAGUUCAUCAAGGUUUGAUUAAAGAUCAUUAUUUUCAGAACUGAAUUUUGUUAUUGUAAUACAUGUAAGUUUACAGAUACCUGUACCUAUAUUUUUUUUAUGGUAUUUGAGUGGAAUGGAAAUUUGUUUUUGUUUUCUGGAUGACAUGAUUCCAACUCCCAUUAGAAUCACAAUUUUUGUCUCUCCUGCUAACUUAUGAAUCAGAUAUGAUGAAAAAUAAACCGUAAAAUUUCCAAAUUAUUUUGCUUGAAAACAUUGGAUGUGAUGCAUCCAUUCAAAGAAAAAAACUACAUCUAACAAGGGACAAACCAUAUAAUUGCUAUUAUGGUAACUGUCUUAGCAUUUUUUAUCUUCAAAUUUGUUUAUGUAGACCUAAAAUACAUUGUCUCUAAUCUGUGGGUACUUUUUCCUUUUUUUAGAGAACUGGAAUCAUGGAAAUGAGGGAAGCAAUGCAGGAAAAGGUAUCUUGAAUAUUUCACUAGAGAGACACAAGAGGAUCCUCCACUGGCCAGAUAUGCUAAAGUUCAUUGACCUCAUAAAGUCGAUGCUUAAAAUUACCACAAAAUGACCCCUCAGUACCAAAACUGCUGCUCAGUUUCCUUAGUCAGAAGAGAAAUUUUGCAAAUAAGCCAUGAACAUUACAUUCUUCCUUUUCUCAACUUUCACUGUGACAGUAAGUUAGUAAUGUUUACAUUUGUGUAGUAGAUUAUCAUAUAGCUCAUACAUUUGCUUUUGUUGUUGAUCACAGGAAGACCAAAAGACCAUGAAAGCAAAGAUGAGAGAAAAGGUAGUGUAAACAAUACUCAAAUGAGGAGGUUUUACUAUUCUUUCCACUAGCAAAAAUUAAUGGUGACACAGUGUAUUUUUCCAUGCAGGAAUCACAGUAUUACUUUCUCUUGCAUUUGAUUUUAGGUCAGACCAAAGAUGGGAAAGAUUGACAUUGACUAUCAGAAACUUCAUGAUGCUUUUUUCAAGUGAGUAUUUUUUCUCAUCUUUAACCUGUUGUUAUAGCUUGUUGGGUAAUAGCCAGUAUAGAGGCUUUCAUUAUACAUGGCCUUCUUUUGAUAGUGCACCUUAUACCUCACUCCAAGUACAGACAAGCAUAGGCAAGAAGGCUUAGUCUAAGAACACAGUCCUUUGAUUUUUUGUGAAUGUAAUGGUUGUGAUCUCUUUUUGUAGAUGGCAAACAAAGCCUAAGAUGUUAAUACAUGGGGAACUUUAUUAUGAGGUGAGCUAGGAUUUGUACUCAAUGUUUUUUAUUGCAUAUUCAAUAAAAUUAUAGGUUAGAAACACAGCUGCUUCUCACCACUCUUUCUCCACCACUUGGACAUAUUGUGGGAGUGAUAAAAGAGGUUACUGUAUUCAUAAUCUUCACUUUCAAUUGAAUCUUCUUUAGGGAAGGGAAGGUUGUGACCUUAAAGCAAGGUUUCAAGAAAAACAACAAGCAAAGGAAAGUCCUGAUCCUAAUUCCUCUUUUUUUUAAUCAGGGAAAGGAGUUUGAGACAAAAUUGAAAGAGAAGAAGCCAGGAGACUUGUCAGAUGAGCUUCGGACAGCCCUUGGGAUGCCAAUUGGCCCUAACAAUCAGCUAGUUCCGCCGCCAUGGUUAAUUGCCAUGCAAAGAUAUGGACCCCCGCCAUCAUACCCCAGCUUAAAAAUCCCUGGAUUAAAUGCACCUAUUCCUGAGGUAAGGAUGGAAAAGCGAAACAUGUUCAUUUGUCAUUCAAUAUGUUUUUUUAUUUUAUUGGCCGAUAGGAAGAAACUUGCUGUCAUGAUCAAAACUGCAAUACUGAAAUGCUCUACUAAAACACACUCUGUAUCAAGUCCAUAUCUCUCUCUUGUUCUAUUGAUAGUGCCAUCACAUUACAGAUGCUAAUAGUUCCUCUGCGUAUGAUGCUUAAUCGCAAGCCUUGGGUAGUUUAAGUGGAAAAAAGUUCUGGUACAAAAGCAGAGCUUGUUUCAAAUGUGGAUCAAUUUAGGUUUUUGGGAUAUGUGAGCACCUACCCCUCCCCUAAGUUAAAAUUUUGCCCUAAGUGAGGAGUAAGUGUUUAUGUUGACUUAUGGGAGGGAAGUCAUGUUUCAGACCGUUGUUGAAACUUUUUGUCAAAGACGAUGAAAGUUUGUGUACUGUAACAGUAAAGUAAUUUUGUAUACAACUUGAUGUGUCCAGGAAUAUUUGUUAAAUGGUUGUUGUUUUUUUUUUUGCAUUUAAGAUACAAUUACCCAUGUCUCGACUUCCCAUGUUAUCAGAUUGCACAAAUCACAGCCUUGAUAUUUUUUGUUUUCCUCCUCAGUCUAGUUUUCCAAUAAAUCGUUAUUGUUUAACAUGGACCCUGUGUUUGUAUGCUGUAUUGUUUGCUGCAGGGUGCAUCAUUUGGUUACCAUGCCGGUGGCUGGGGUAAGCCUCCUGUGGAUGAACAAGGCAAGCCACUGUAUGGUGAUGUGUUCGGUAUCCAGCAGCAGGAGGCUCCUGUGGUAGAGGAAGAUGAACAGAUUGAGAACCAACCUUGGGGCGAGCUGGAAUCUGAGUCAGAAGAGGAAUCCGAGUCAGAGGUAUCCGAUGGGUGGGGAGGGAAAGGAAACAUGAAUCACCUGUGAUCACAUGGGUGGGGAGGAAAAGGAAGCAUGAAUCACCUGUGAUCAAGCUGUCUUGACACAUGGGUGGGGAGGGAAAGGAUGCACGAAUUGCAUCCUUUAAAAGCUGUCAUGAGGGGAAGAGGGCCAGGCACCACCUUUCAGUUGUAGGCUUGUAAAUGAGCCUUAUGUUUUACUUAAUCGCGGGCAUUUCAUGUUAGCUCGUGUUAGUUUUUUAUCCAACCAGGGCAUAAUCAAGGCGAACCACAAGGACUGGGACAAAUCUCUCAAGAAAUGUGAAAAAAAACCUUAGUACAGUUUAUUUAUUUUUUCAAUUAAAGGAAGAAUCGGAAGAGGAGGAAGAUCAAACAGGUCUCAUUACACCAGCUGAUACGUAAGUUUGUCAGUCUCCGUUACCGAUUUCAGUUCAUCAAGUGUUAACGUGUUUAAACAAUAAUUUGACUUGUUUGCAGGGCGAGAACCCAAUAAUUCCUCACGGUCAUAAAGUAUGAGCCAUUUCCAGCAUUUUUAAGGAGAGAGUAUUCAUAGAUGCAUUUAAGACAAUGGGUCCGUCAUACAAUCGAAUAAUUUUAGAAAAAUUUGAAACCGAUCAAGGAAAUAAGGUAAUUCAAAAAUUAAUAACUUUUUGCUGUAGUAAAACCGAAUAGCGCAAAAAAAUAUAGUAGAACAAGAUAGCUCAUUUUCAUUUGAGGAAGCGAAAAGGGGAUCUAAAAACCAAACUCUUUCUUGUCCUGUUAUGGCUAAUUAGCGCCUGUCUUAGAUUUCUUCCCGAGCGUCUUCUUAGUGACUAAUUCACGUUAGACGUUUCGCCGUGGUCUUGGUUAAUCUGUUUCAAUCGGUUCUUUGUUUUGUCAUUUUGUAGUGGACUUAUCACCCCGAGCGGUUUGACAUCCAUUCCAGCUGGUAUGGAAACACCAGACAUGAUUGAACUACGUAAACGAAAGAAUAUCGAGGAAGCCAUGGAGGUUGGUUCUGAACAGCAACCGCUGUACACCGUGUUACCGGAAAAGAGAAUCAGCGUGGGCGCGGCUAUGAUGGGAUCUGCGCAUGUGUACGACAUGACGUCGGUAAAUAUUAGUGUAACAAGUGCUGUUGUUCAACGCUGGUUACUUUGAAAUGUAAAUACAGUGUAGACUUUCGUUUUAUCGAAAGAUUAACCGUUGAUCAUUGUCAUCAUUUUUUAUUAUCUGAGCAAAACAAUUUACUGUUUUUUUCCCUGCUCUAUAGGCAGCUGCAGGUGCUCAAAGAAAAGUAAGUUCUGUCAUUGACUGCACUUAUUUGUAACGUGGAUCACGUGCAUUGUAACUUCUUACAUUAUUAUGACCAAUCAGCUGACUCCCUUUUUGAUACCAGGCUGGAGCGCCUCUGACUGAGGGUGUCGAGGUGGCACUGGACCCGAGUGAGCUGGAGCUGGACCCGGCGGCUAUGCAGGCCAGGUUAGCAGUUAAACGAUUUUAUUUGCUGAGAGCCCGAAGUUGUCAUUUGACUGUCUAAAUUGGUUUGCUGAGCCUGAUGAUUGGUUCACAGAUCUCACGCCAUUUUUCGGCCAGUCACAGUCAACUUUGACUCGCUAGCAAGCUCCUUUUCUCUGAACUCUGGUUGGUUCAGUUCUUUGGCAGGGUGUACAAUUAAUAUUCUCGAUUUGUUCUUACUUAUAUUUGUCGCGUUUCUCAGAUACGAGGAGCAGCUUAAAGAAAGAGAAAGCCAAUUACAGAAAGAAGACCUGAGCGAUAUGGUGGCGGAACAUGCAGCUAAACAAAAGGUUAGCGACUUUUUCUUUUAUAACCUCAGUCUUAACGUGUCCAGAAUGGGUAAUUUUGAAUGGCGAGGUCUGUGCGUGGCAAAUAUUAAGCGCACGAACAAUUUUCUGUAUUUGUGACUCUCAUGAGAAAACCGGUCUUAUGAAUUUUCACCAUAAGCGUGAAAAGAAAACCACGGUCACGGGGCGUGAAAUACAAAUUUCACAACGUGAAUUCAAAUUUUUACGCCUUGUUCACUCAAGUUCAAGGUCAUCUUAAUGGAAUGGAUGUGCCUCUUCACAACUGCCUCCAUUUGUAAAGGUACCGUUUGAACAAUUUCAACUUGGAUUGAACUGAGCUAAUUAAGUUGGUAAGUAAGUAAAUAAAUGAAUAAUCAAAGUAGAUAAAUAAAUAACUAACUAAAGAUUUAGUGGUAGGCCAUCCACUAAGGUUUUCUUCGUCUACUGUUCUGGAUGGAACUGCAAUUUCAAAAUGUUGGUUUUAGAGGGCAGGGGGAAACCGGAAUACCCAAAGAAAUACGUGUCGUAGCAAGAACCGAGAGAAUCAACAACAACACUCAACCCAGAGUAUGGCUUCUUAUCAGGAACCUGAACCCAGGCCUAAUUGAUGGAAAGCGUGUACCCUAGGCUCGAUUACCAGCCGCUGUUCGGGAAAAUGAGCCCACACUGAUCAAAGACCGGACUCGGGAGAUGGCGGAAAUUGAGCCUACGUGUACCCUGACCCGCACUGUUGCUCCUUUAAUUAUACAGCGCUUGUCAGAGGGUCUGAAUGGGGUUUAGUGUUAAGUGUUAUUUGCCCAUAAUUUUUAGCGUGUGCUGUUAAAUUGGCCAAUUUUUAAUGUUUACUGUUUGCGAAGAAAAUACCGUUAAGUGUUUGGAGGGUUCUUCGGACAUCUUCGGCAAUGGUCGGACCUCUAGGUUGGUCUUUGGAAAUCUUCGACAGUCUCCGGGAAUCGUCAGUAGCCUUCGGAAAUCUUCUGAUAUAAUCCGGGAUUGUCGUUAAAUGGCCGAAAACUCCUUGAUAUACUAAACAAAAUAAAAUUGGCCUUUUUGGAGCUGUUUUUCAAAGAAUUUUUCAAUGUUAGUGUUAAAAUGCUUAAAAUUUGACUGUUUCAUGUUACAAAGCCCAAAAAUGAAGUGUUUAGUGUUAUCGAGGUACCUCCAUUCAGACCCUCUUGUCAAGUUGUCAAUUAUUUGGUGAUCUGCUCAAACUGUCUCGAUAUGUGGUCCAACAAAUGUCGGGGCCAAAUUCUGUACCAGUUUUUAUGGGUCUCGAACUGUAUGAAGUGAAUUUUAUCUUUCGUGCUCCAUGGUUAAGCACACUUUCUGCAAAGGAACGAUGGGCUGCAUCCUAUCAAGGCUUUGAUACUGUCUAUGCUAGUGUAAUAGAUAGUUUAGGGUAAAGAUUAGACACUGAAAUUGUCACCUAUUGCUUGUGUAGAAAACAUUGAAAACUCUUAAUAUGUAUGUUUUUUCUGGUUUCACAGAAACGAAAAAAAGCGACAGACAGCGGCAAAUCUGCUAAAAAGUACAAAGAAUUCAAGUUCUGAAGGCAGGGAUGAAACUUGCUUACAACACAUUUGUAUGUAAAUAGCAAUAUACUAAGCUGUACGAGUUCAGAAACUGCCGUGUUGUGAUUUCACAAUGCUAUCCUCUUCCUGUAAAACGUACUUCAAAAGCUGUUUGUGUUCACUGUCAAAGCGUCAAGCUAGAUAUUAAGAUUUAUUUUUAACUCCAAUAUGUCAAGAUUCGGGCCUCUUUUAUAUGCGUUGUACUAACGAACUCACUUACAGUCUUUAAAUCGUGCAUUCAGUGAAUAAAAUCCUUUCACAGUUCUUCUGGUGAAAAUGUUCCGAUUGGACUCAUUGUUUUUGUUGGAUUCUAUAAAACAUGCUGUAAGCACUAUGGAGUAUUGUUCAUGGUUUAUUUACGCAAUAGACCACACUUUCUAUGGGUUUUCUAUGGGUGAUGACCCACGCGGG